AUGGACUCUGAGCAUGGAAGUGGAAGUAGCAGGCUUCCAAGAAUUUCGGAAGCAGAUGUAGAUUUGGAUGACUCAUUUGACCCAUCAACUGUGAUGGAUUUUGAACAUUCAGGAGGAUCCAGAACAAAUUCAGAAAUUGCAACAAGUGAGGUUGCAGCUAGCACAAUAGAUACUUCUAAGUCAUUCAAUUCUCUGCCUUCAUCUUCGUCAGAAAAUUCAUCUCACGUUUUCUUUCAAGUGAAUCCAGCCAUGAUUCCCAUGUCCAAAACAUCUGAUCAUGAAUCCCCACCAAAAUCAGAGGAAAACGCCAAUUCACUGCUUAAGGAUGGAAAAAAUGAUGUUCUAUUCCAAUUGGAAGAAUUAUUUGGAUCUUUACAUUCCAGCUCACAAAAAUCAGAUGUCACUGAUGAAUUUGUAAUUCCAAUCUUGUCACCAACACAUUCUCCUCCUAUUCAAGUAAUGGAACGACCAAGAGGAUAUGAUCCUGAUCGUAUUCCAGCGUCAGUGUUUGCAAAGCCUGCUUCACCAGUUGAUUGGAGUGUCGCGUCUACUGAAUCUUUAUUCAGCAUUCCGAUAGGAAAUGCCAGUUUCUCCAGAGAUCAUGCUUUUAAGCCAGUUGGAGACACAAACAAGCCCAAUGAAUUUGGCAACUCUGGAGAAUUGUACGUUUCGGAAGAAUUUUACAAAUCAGGAGAACUAGAUACUUUCAGUGAACAGUACAGAUAUAGAGAACUCCAAAAGUCAAGUGAGCUUGUCAGGUUGAGGCAACACUCUCCUGUAACAAAAGGAGAACAUAAAGCACAAGGCGCUGAUCUUCCGAACAGAACAAUCAGAGAUGAAGGUGGGAUAAAUCUAGAAGCCAAAUCUUUUGCUAAUCCAAUAAAGAAGAAGUCAUCAAAGUCAUCAUGCGCUUGUUGCUCAAACUGCUGUUACAAGUGUCCAAGCUGCUGUUGCAAGUGUCCAGGUGUUGUGGCAAAUGCGAAAGUGGCUGCUGCAAGCCUUUAA